AUGGACUCUCUCGAUCCAGUUCAGGCCCUGACCCGCAGGAGAAUAUCUGGGUCGACAAUAUACAAACGAGGCCCAGCGGAGCCGCUCAGCGAUCCAUUGAUUGCCCGCCUCCUCAAGCAUUACGUGAAUAACUUAGCCUGCUGGCUUGAUGUUAACGAUCCGCUGCGUCAGUUUGAAACAUUUGUGCCUUAUUUAGCCCUCAGCUGCCCGAUUCUACUAUACGCUAUUCUUGCAUUUUCUGCAUGUCACCUGAGUCGACGUGAUGGGACAUGCGACGAGCAUUGUGCCGCCCAUUAUCAUGAUUUAUGUGUCCAAGGCCUAAUUCCGGCUUUAGCAGAUCCUGCUACAGCCAUGGAUAACGCGUUGCCGAUAUCCACGGUCGUGCUCCGCAUGUAUGAGAUGAUGAGCUACGAAACUGAUCACCAGCGCCACUUAAAGGGGUGUUCAUCUCUUUUCACACACAACCGAAACAACAUUGGGUUCCGAGCUCUAAAGCGGACUGCUUUCUGGACAUAUUUUCGAGAGGAGAUCAUGGUUGCUCUUGCUACACGCAAGCCAACCACUAUUAACCCUAGAGGUUGGAAAGCUGAUAUAAUAUGGGGAGGAGACUUCGAUUAUGUAAAGACCGAGAAGAUGACUAUGUUGACCGCCGAGAUUGUCGACUAUUGUUUUUCUCGUGAAGAUCAAACCGCUGAUCUGGAUAGGUGGAUUGAAUUUCAGGGCGAGGUCAACACGUGGAAGGAGACCUUGCCAGAGUCAUUCCAACCUUUAUAUAUCAUUGAGGACAGUGAACCCUUUCCUGAGAUAUUGUACUUAGGUACUUGGCACAGUAUGCUGUUAUUUUCCAAGUUCAGACGCUCUGACACUGACUAG